CCUCCCCAUGCCUCAGUCUCUCCCAUGCCAAGGCCAUGGCUCUCCCAGCUUUCCUUCCUUCCCGGGAAAGGGGAGGGAGCUUCCCCUGUUGCUUCCCCACAUCCCCGCAGCCGAGCCAGGAGACUGUGACGAGCUCCGGGUGCGCGGAGCCAGCGGCAGAUUCCUGGCACCGGCAGGGCGGCCGGCAGCCAUCGCCCGCCUCCUCCUCCCCACUCAGCCCUGCUCGCUCCCCGCCGUUCCCCCCAGGCUGCACCACGGCGGUGGGCACCAGGCGGUGACGCUGGCACGGCCACGCAGCCCCCAGCCCUCCCCUGUCACCGGAUCCCAGGCCAACAGAGACAACGGGAGAGAGGAGCAGGGACAGGCCUUCCCAUGGUGUCUGCUCCCUGCCCACCACCGCUGCUGCCCUCAUCAGCCUGGGCACAUGUGGGUGAAGACCAGAAUCCGUGCUGGGUGCUGCUCCCAUGCCCUCAGCCACAGCACCUCCCUGGGACCCCAGGUCUUGUUCUCAUGCUUGUGGGAACGGUCCUGUGGUCCUGCUCUGGGAUUGCCCUCUGCACUGGGAUUUGGGGAUGCCAAAGGCACACGUUGUGGGGGCUCGCAGCUCCCGCUUGCCCAUGCCGCCGCCUAUAAAGCGGGGCCGGGGCCGGCGGCCGGGCAGAGGCGGUGGCAGCGGAGGCGGCAGGCAGCGCCCGGCCCCCCCUCCCCGCCCCCGGCCGCCCGGUUCCCCCGGUUCCCCGGCACCAUGCGCACCGCCCUGCUGCUGCUCGCCCUGCUCGCCCUGCCCGCCCGCACCGCCCGCCCCAAGCUCGCCCUGCCCAUCCGGCCCGACAGCGAGCCGCUGCCCCCCGGGGGGGCGGCAGGUUGUGCCUUCGGGGGGCAUUUCUAUGCGCUGGAGGAGACGUGGCACCCCGACCUGGGGGAGCCCUUCGGGGUGAUGCGCUGUGUGAUCUGCCAUUGCGAGACGCAGAGGAAUCGCCGAGGGAAACCAGUGGGGAAAGUGAACUGCAAGAACAUGAAGCAGGAUUGCCCUGUUCCCACCUGCCCCCAUGCCACGCUGUUGCCCGGGCACUGCUGCCACACCUGUCCCAAAGCAUUGCCAGGACCCCUGGAGAAGAGCUCCGAGCCACCUUUCGACACCUUUGAGUACUUCCAGGACAAGGAGGAUGAGAUGGACAAGCCGUACAACGACCGCUCCUACCUCAGCUCCGAAGGUUUGGCACGCGACGAUGCCCGCACAGAAUUCGUGGCCCUGCUGACAAGUGGCCCGGAGCCGUGGCACCCCACAUCCAGCGCGGUGGCCAAGGCUCGCUUCACCCUGCUGCGCUCCUACCUGCUCUUCUCCAUCAGCUACGAGCGGCUGGGCCGGCCGAGCCGGGUGCGUUUCAGCGACCCUGAGGGCACCGUGCUGUUUGAGCACCCAGUACAGAAGAGCGCAGCCCCUGAGGAUGGCAUGCUCUGUGGGAUGUGGAGGACGGUGUCCAAAGCCAACAUACAACUGCUGCGUGCUGAGCAGCUCCGCGUGUCCCUCAUCACCCGUGCGCAGCCCUCUGGAGAGGUGCACGGGCACAUCCUCAAGCACCGCGCGCUCUUUGCAGAGACAUUUGGUGCUAUCCUGACCUCAUCAGACCCCACACAUCUUGGGGCUGGGGGCAUGGCCAUGCUGACGCUGAGCGACACCGAGAACAACCUACACUUCAUCCUCAUGGCCCGUGGGCUGCUGGAGCCGGGCGCUGGGGAGUCCCCCUGGGUACCGCUGCGGGUCCGUAUCCUGCACCAAGGCCAGAUGCUUCGUGAGGUGCAUGCCAACAUCACUAUGGAGGACCCCGACUUCGCGGAGGUGCUGAAUGACCUGUCCACCCAUGAGCUGCAGUGGUUGGCACAGGGGCAGCUCCGCAUCGUGGCUGACACCGAGGGUCAGCACCCGCGCCAGCUGGAGGGCACCAUUACUGCCCGCCGCAGCUGUGACACCAUCCAAAGCGUGCUGUGCGGCGCAGACGCAUUGCAGCCCACCAAGACGGGGGCGGUGGGCUCAGCCAAGCUGGCGCUGCAUGAGAACGGCACGCUGGAAUACCAGGUGCGGGUGGUGGGCACAGCCAGCGAGGUGGUGGGGGUCACACUGGAGACCAAACCGCGGCGGAAGAACAAGAGGAACGUCCUCUUUGACAUGACCCCCAGCUAUAGGGACGGGCUGGCUCAGGGAGUGUGGCACAGCCCCAGUGCCCGCGAUGCGCACAUGCUGCUGCAGAACGAGCUCUUCCUCAACGUGGCCACCAAGGAUUGGGUAGAGGGUGAGCUGAGGGGCCAGGUCAUCUCCCUGCCCUACAGUGGGCUCUUGGCACGCUACACAGAGAUGCCAGUGCCGUUGGCGGGGCAGCUGGUAUCCCCUGCAGUGAGCAGCGGGGCCGGGGGCCAUGCAUGGCUGUCGCUGGAUGAGCACUGCCACCUGCACUACGAGAUUGUGGUGGCGGGGCUGGGCCGCCCAGCUGAUGGCACAGUCAGCGCCCAGCUGCACGGUGUGGCCGAGCUGGGCGAGAUGGGCUCACGGCCACACCUGCACAAGCGGAUGCUCAAGGGGUUCUAUGGCACUGAGGCUCAGGGGGUGGUGAAGGACCUGGACGCUGAGCUGCUGCAGCACCUAGCACAGGGCACUGCGUUCCUGCAAGUCAGCACCAAGGCACACCCACGUGGGGAGAUGCGGGGAUGGGUGCACAUCCCCAACCACUGCCAGGCAGGAGGGGCCCGCCUGUCCACCGGGGAGGCUGGGCUCUCAGAGGGCCCCAAAAGCAGGGAUGUAGAACAGCUGAAAAAGGACCCCAACUCCUGCUUCUUCGAGGGGCAGCACCGUGCACAUGGCACCCGCUGGGCACCUGACUACGACAAGAAGUGCUCCAUCUGCAGCUGCCAGAAGCGCACAGUGAUCUGCGAUCCCAUCCUGUGCCAGCCCCUCAACUGUACCCGCCAGGUGCACCCUGAGGAGCUGUGCUGCCCCGUCUGUGAAGAGAAGAAGAUGGAGCAGGAGCAGCUGAAGCUGGAACGGGCACGGGACAGCAGUGAGGGCUGCUACUUUGAUGGGGACAAGACGUGGCGAGGCUCUGGCACCCGCUGGCACCCUGUCGUACCGCCCUUCGGCCUCAUCAAAUGUGCCAUCUGCACCUGCAAGGUGAGUCUUGGGGGUCUCAAAGCAGGGGAGCUCCAGUGCCCCCCUGAGUCCUGUGCACGCUCCCCACAGGGCACCACGGGUGAAGUGCACUGUGAGAAGGUGCAGUGCCCACGCCUCACCUGUGCCAACCCUGUGCGCGUCAGCCCCUCCGACUGCUGCAAGCAGUGCCCAGCCCCUGAGAAGAGUGUCCCUGAGCUGACCGAUGGCAUGCAGGCAGACGGACCCCGUGCGUGCCGCUUUGGGCGCCGCUGGUACCUCAACAAUGAGAGCUGGCACCCCUCGGUGCCACCCUUUGGGGAGAUGAAGUGCAUCCUGUGCUGGUGUGUGUCAGGAGAGACGCACUGCCAGCGCCAGGAGUGCCCGCCAGGUGCCUGUGCCAGCCCCAGCAGGAGGGACAACCCCUGCUGUGCCAAGUGUCGUGCCCUGGAUGCGCCCCCAGAAAAGAUGCACGAAGCCACAGCAGAGUCAUGGAGCCACUGAGCAGUGAGCGCAGCUUGAGAGCGCAGUGAUGCCGGAUGGCCCUACAGAGCCCCAUUGCCCCCCCCCCCCACGGCUGGGCACGGGGCACAGAGGAGCAGGGAUGGGGAAGGCACCCCCUCUGGGCACAGCUGCAGUGCUGAGCCACCCUAGUAGCCAGCAGCAGGGCUGGGGGAGCCGGGACACUCUGCACUCCCACUCACGAGUUCCCGGCUGGUGGGUGCAGCAGGCAUCGUGCCCGCUUUGUACAUAGUGUAAAAUCCCUCUCACCCCCGUUUCGCUGUGCCCACCCCAGUUCGUCUGGACUUGGUGUGUAAUUUAUAGGGACGGGGGUCCCGAAUGUAUUUAUUAAAGACAGAGAUAUUG